CUAUCAGUCCGUGUACCUCAACUUCCGGAAGAACGAGCAAAAAGCUCCCGAGUUCACCAAGUACAACCCUAAUGGCCGUAUCCCCGCAAUUAUCGACCACAGCAACAACGAUUUCGUGGUCUGGGAAUCCAAUGCCAUCAUCCAAUAUAUCAUCGACAAGUACGAUAAGGAGCACAAACUCUCAAUCGCACCGGGCACGGACGAGUACUACACGCAGCUUCAAUGGUUGUACUUCCAAGCUUCUGGCCAGGGCCCGUACUUCGGCCAGGCGGUCUGGUUUAGCGUAGCCCACCCAGAGAAGGUCGCGAGUGCUCUUGAACGGUACCAAAAGGAAAUUAAGCGUGUGUUGGGCGUGCUCGAGAGUGUGCUCUCAAAACAGGAGUGGCUUGUCGGCGGCAGGAUGACCGUCGCUGACAUUUCCUUCGUCCGGUGGAACAUCGACGCCGCGACGCGCCUCCUGGAGAACUUUGAUUUUGAGAAGGAGUUUCCUGCCACCGCCAAGUGGCACAACAAGCUCCUCGAACGGCCCGCCAUUAAGAAGGUCUGGGAGGAGCGUGCCAGGUUGGUCGCUCAGCAGCAGUAA